AUGUUGUCCAAAGAGACAGGGAUUACUGAUGCAGCCAUCACCCAAGUAAAUUCAUGUAACAUUACUGGUGUCUGGCGCAAUGAGCUGGGCUCCACGCUGCGGAUGAAAGCGGAUGGUUCAGAGGUCAGAGGUGUUUAUCAGACGUCAGUGGAGAGCGCACGUGGCGCCGCAGGUCCUGAACGCAAAGCAAAAAUACUCGGGAUAGUUGGUGGAGGGCCUCAGCCUACAAUAUCAUUCGCCGUGAUGUGGGAGAAAGGCUCAUGUUCUGCUUGGGUUGGUCAGUGCUUUAUUUUACCUAAUGGAACACAAGUGCUGAAAACAUUCUGGCUGUUACGUAGUGUUGCUUAUGACUUGGCUGGUGAUUGGGGAAGUACCAGGUUGGGAGAAGAUGUCUUUUUUUCUUGGCUUGAAUUUUAAAAGUUAACUGUGCCUUUAAAUGUGUUGAUUUUUCGCACAGAGCACCAUAUUGAAAUCUACUGAGGCAUGUACAAAACCCU